GUUUGCCGUAUGUUGCAAGCGGCUGCCUCCCGCUCCAACGACGAGCGGUUGUACGACAAGCUCAUGGUGCGGUCCCACGAGCACGACCAGUCGCUGGAUGAGAGGAUGAUGCCUUUCCAGCGCGACGGUGUCAGGCAUGCGCUGCGGCUGGGCGGUCGGGUGCUCAUCGGCGAUGAGAUGGGGCUGGGCAAGACCGUGCAGGCAUGCUGCUUGCUCCGGUGCUACUCCGACGAGUGCCCUGCGCUGGUGGUGGUGCCCAAGUCGCUCCGGGAGACCUGGGCAGAUGCACUCUUCGCGUGGCUCAAGCUGACGGACAAGGACGUGGCCGUCGUUAGCAACGCCAAGGAUGCCGAGGAGCUGCGCGGGCGCGCCGCUGCUGCCCGGCCGCGGGUGGUGGUCGUCAGCUACGACCAACUGCUGCGCACAGCGGACAAGCUCAAGGCGCUGAAGCCGCGUAUGGUCGUACUGGAUGAGGCGCACUACAUCAAGAAUGGCAAGGCCCAACGCACGCAGGUGGCGCUGCCCUUCAUCAAGGAGGCUCGCCGCGCCGUGCUGCUGACCGGCACCCCGGCGCUGUCCAAGCCGGUGGAGCUGGUGCCGCUGCUGCAGGGGCUGAUGCCCUCAGCGGACAUCAAGGCAGCGGACUUUGGGGAGCGGUACUGCAUACCGGAUAAGAG